AUGGAUGUUCAACUCUACGUCUAUGACCUAUCAAAGGGUCUGGCUCGCCAGUUCUCUCGCGCCUUGACUGGGACUCAAAUUGAUGCCAUCUAUCAUACUUCGAUCGUUGUCAAUGGUGUCGAAUAUUAUUAUGGUCAAGGGAUUCAAAAUGCUGCCCCUGGCUCCACUCAUCAUGGACAGCCGAUUGAGAGGCUCAAAUUGGGCACGACGGAGCUUCCGGCCGAGGUGAUCGAAGAAUGGCUGGCCUCGUUGACUGAGAUCUAUACUCCAGAGUCUUACGAUCUCUUUUUACAUAAUUGCAACAACUUCACCCAAGAUCUUGCCAUGUUCUUGGUCGGCAAGAGUAUUCCUGAGCACAUCCGGAAUUUGCCUCGUCAAUUCUUAGACACUCCAUUUGGUCAAAUGAUGAGGCCUCAGAUCGAAAUGGCUCUGAAAGGUGUCACACAGGGCGCUGGUCCAGGAACCGCUCCUGGGCCUAGUUUCCAGCCUCCAUCUUCAAGGCCUGCGCCUCCUCCGGUGCCUCAAAUGUCAACUGCAGCUCAUGCAGUACCAAGCACAGUACGCAAUGUGAGCAAUCUCAGCCAGCUCCAAAGCGAGUUGGCGGCGACAUCAGACUCUUGCGCAGUGAUUUUCUUUACCUCAGCUACAUGCCCGCCUUGCAAGGCCGUCUAUCCGAUAUACGAUGAGCUUGCAGAGGAAGUGGGGGCCAAAGGAAGGCUCAUUAAGGUUGACAUUGGCUUCGCACGAGACGUGGGCAUGAGGUACAGUGUGAGUGCAACACCAACCUUCAUGACCUUCUUGAAGGGGAAGAAAGUCGACCAGUGGAGUGGUGCAAAUCCAGCCCAGUUGAAGGGUAAUGUGCGUUUGCUGCUUGAUAUGGCUCAUCCGCCUCAUCCCCACCAGAACCUUCGACUACCCAGCUUGCAAAGGCCCAUCUCCAACUUUGUCACGUACAAGAAAGUCCCACCGCUUGAUAAACUUCUGCAGAAACUCCCUGCCGAGUUCAAGGAAGCCCAGAGCAUUGGGCCUGUCAUUGAAUUUGUCAAGCUUCGUCACGCUGCCAGUGACGGCAAUUUCCCUGCCGCGGAUACACGAGUACCUGACCUCCACUCGUUCGCUACUUCUCUUCAAUUAGCCUACCCUACACUUCCCAUCGAGAGCCAUUUCGCGGCUGUGGACCUCGUUCGCCUACUGUUCCUUGACCCACGUGUGAGCGGCUACUUCGCCGAAGAGGCCAAUCACGCCACCCUCCUCACCCUCCUCUCACCACUCUCCCAAAAUGAUCUCUCUUCCUGUCCCUAUAAUCUUCGAAUUGUUGCUCUCCAACUCGCUUGCAACCUUUUCAGCACACCGCUCUACCCCCAACAACUCGUUUCAUCCUCCUCGCCCUUGCGGGAGACGUGCCUUCGGCUUGCGACAAACUCUCUUCUAGACUCACAUAACAACCUCCGCGUCGUCGCAUCUUCGUUUGCAUAUAAUCUCGCCGCAUACAAUCACAACGCUCGAUUUGAAGGAAAACCGGACCCGCUUUCAGAAGAGGACCAAGUCGAACUGGCCGCCUCUUUGCUAGAAGCUGUCUCGCAGGAAGAGCAGAGCCCUGAAGCCCUCCGUGGUUUCCUUUUUGCAUUGGGUCUCUUGAUAUACGAAGCUCCGAUGGAUGGGUUGCUUGUCGACCUUUGCCGUGCGAUGGGGGUAUCAGAGACGGUCGCUGUCAAGUCUUCGAUAGAGGCAGUCAAGACGGAGCCGUUGUUGAAGGAGAUUGGAGAAGAGCUAUUUGUUAAGGGUCUUUAG